UCCAGAGUGAGGCUCAGGCAGUUAGGAUAUUUGCAUCGACUUUUCUUAUUUUUGACCGAAUCUUUUGAAAUUUAACUUAAACAAGUGGUUUUUUUUUCAAAAUUCCAUUCAAAUGGAGAGAGGAAAAUAAUUAAAACGAAAAAACAUGAAAAUCAACUGUAGGGAGGACAUCAUUAGACUACCGGACGUUACAUCUCUUCGGGCAUUGAAGAAACAGUGGAAUGUGAAGAGCAAUGGCCCCCUUCAUAAUAGAGAUGAUUAUGUCAGAUUAUUGUUGAAUUUCUACGACAAAGAUCAUGAAAGGAAAAAUAAGCCUGACUCUAACGCUGGACUUUCAGAGGCUAUUCAUUUGGACAUGUUGAACCGAGCUAAGCUCCGGGAGAUUUAUGACAAGAUCCUUGGGUUGUACAAUACCCUUCCUGUGCAGUACCAGAAAAGUCUAAAUUCCGCCUACCCUGAUCUUGUGAACUAUUUAACGGCAAAGAGGAAGGACCUCGAUUCCAGCGAUAUUGUAAUUCUUGUGGCGGGUGAAACAGGGGCCGGGAAAUCAAGCUUCAUCAACCUUCUGUUGGAAACUGACAUACUACCUGUUGGUGCCAUCGAGUCCACACAGACAAUUUGUGAGCUACGAAAGUCUAAAAACGAGAAAAAAGAAGCAUUUUGUUUCUUUAAACGUGGAAACAAUAAAAGGGCAAGAGCCCCAAAAGUUAUCAAGGUAGAAAACCAUAAAGGUGUAGAGGAACUGAAAAAGAGAAUCAGAGAAAGAGAUAAAGAUGAAGAAAGUCCGUAUGAACGAAUAGAAAUAUACAUGCCUUUCAGAAUGCUUGAGGAAGGAGUUGUGAUUGUUGAUAGUCCUGGGAUUGGGGAGAAUGGAAAGAAAAGUGGCGAGCUGCAACGUUACCUCGCCCAUUCGUUUGGCGCCAUCUAUCUCGUCAACACUGCCUCAGCCGGUGGAGUUAACUCUGGCAGACUUAGAGACUUUCUUCGAUUUGUCGUUAAUUCCACGGGUGAUGAUUUCAAUCCUUCUGCUACCAUAUUCAUUGGAAACAAAAUAGAUUCGGUGGAUCUAAAAGACCAAGAAGAGGUCAAGCAAACUACAUCCUACAAACUAAAGCAGUGCUACCCUGGUCUGAAGGACAGAAAUAUAUUCUUUAUGUCUGUUAAUGAGGCUUUACAAAGCGUUUCUUACGAUACCAGAACGGAGGAUCAUGAACACAUUUUGGUACAGGGAAUUCAGAAUCUGUUCCACGCUGUUCUUAGAAAUAAUCUAAACAUCCAUUACAGACUUCAGUCUCAAAUUUUGAAAAGAACGUUGGUGUCUGUAACCGUUUCUCGAACAAUGGCGGCAUCAGGCAAAGAGAACAGACAAAACGAAAUCGAGGACAUCCAAAGACGAAUGAAAACCCUCGAACAAAAUGCAAAAGCGACAAUAGAAAAUUUGAAAUCAGAAAUUAAAUAUGAAGAAGAGAAGUUGUAUGAAGACCUCGUAUCCUGUCUUCGAGACAGAACUUUUACUGAAAAGGUUUUUGAUAUUCAGGAAAACGAAUGUGCAAGACCAUCCAAAGACUGGAAAGAAGUAGCUGAAAAUGCCAGUCAUAUUAUAAGUAACAUGAUAGCUAGGGAGAUAGAUUUCUGGGAAAAUAAAAUUAAGCGUGUUGAUGGAAUAAAAGCAAGAAUCUUGGACAAAUUUAACAGUGAUUGCCAAGGCUAUGAAGAGCAGCUUAAAGAAAUUGAAAGUGCCCUGUUGGGCGGCGACACUUAUUAUAUUAAAGAUUUACAUAAUUCCAUGAAAAGACAAGCACCCAUACGACAGAUCUGGGCAAAAGCAAAAGAUGUUCGACGCAAUGGGGACAAGAUAAACAGUCUGGGGUCCAUGGUAAGCAGUGCUGGGGGUCUGUCCACCUCAGACAAACGAGUAAAGGAUAUCUGUAGGGCAUAUACACCCAAAAAACAACUGGAAAAAAUGAAGUCCCUGGUCUAUAUUUAUAUUGAAAACAUUUUCGAUGGAAACGACCUAAAAAUUAAGACAAUCAAUUUCGUGAAAAGAUUUGCUACAGGUCUGGAUACUAUAGCAGAAAAGAUUCCCGAUUUCAUCCAUGCUGAUGCAGAGUUGAUUGAAAAUAUUCAAGAGGAAAUUCGAAAUGCUGAAUACAAUUUGAAGGAAGUUUUUCCAAAUAUUCUUCAAACUGGAAAAAGAUUGCAAGGGCAACUUGAUUUUUUCUAUACAAGAGAAAUAAUGGAAAUGGAUUUUUGUCUACGUGAUCUAAGUUAUAACCCAUCUGAGGACCUGCUUGGAAGUGGGUCAUUUGGUGAUGUUUACAAAGCAAAGCUCGUGUGCUUUCGACCACCAUUGGACGUGGCUAUUAAAAUCAGUAAAAAAUACUUGCAGGAAAGCAAUAUAUCUGACUUACUUCUGGAGGACCGUACGAUGAGAGACUUGGAUCAUAAACAUAUUAUUCAGUACUACGGAGCGUCGUUACGAGAAGAAAAGGUCCGAGGGAAAAAAUGUCUCUUUUGGGUUAUGGUUAUGGAGUACUGUUUCGGAACCCUGAAGGAAAAAUUAAUCGAUGAAGAUUAUAACAAUCCAGCCAAAGUAGAAAAGAUCUAUUCUGUCCAAGUAGAACAGAUGAAAGAAAUGGCAAGAAUGGUGAUGGAGAUAUGCGAGGGUCUGCGGUAUAUUCACAAUAAAGAUAUGGUCCAUAGAGACCUGAAGCUUGAAAAUAUUCUCAUUGCUGUGGACUCGAGUGGUAAAGACAUACUAAAGUUAGCUGACGUCGGACUGACCAAAUCGGUUACUGAUAUCGAUAGAACCGUCGCGGGUUCUCCAGCUUACAUGGCACCGGAAGUUCUCCUCCAAACAGAAAUACACAGUUGUAAAGCUGACAUCUAUAGCUUGGCCAUAGUCAUGUGGGAGAUGUGGUAUGGUAUUGAUGCUGCUAAGCAUAUCCAGACGCAGUUAUAUGAAACUUUACAGAGUGCAAUAAAAGGUGGACUUCGUCCUUCUUUGUCACUGGAAAACAAACCACCUGCUGAUUGGAUGGAUUUGAUAAAGUGUUGUUGGGACAUUGAUCCGACAAAUCGGCCGGAAGUUGAUGAAGUCUGGACAUUUUAUGAUAAUUUCUUGCAAUAUUAAUUUCCGGAAUUUUUGUCAUAUUCUUAAAAAUACAAAAUGAAGAAAAGUUCAAAGUAACAAGAUCCAAACAUUAUUAUAUUUUCUUGCGUCUAAUAAUAGAUAAACAAAUUUCUUAAAAAUUUUAAUCCCAUGAUAUAUGUAAGUCUCCGGACUCAUUCUGAUUGAUGAAAAAAUUCGGGCGUUUCGAAUCUUUCGGGAGUCGGCUGACACAAUGAAGACUUAACUCAUUAUGUUUUAAGACCCUUUAGACAGAGUAAGCCAGCCCAGGAAAGAAAAUUCCUGUUGUUAAUGCCCUUGUAAUAUCCCUUGUAAACCCCUAUUGCCCAUAUUAGAAAAUUUGUGUAAGAACAUGCGCAAAUAUUAAACAUUUUGCGUUACGAUCUCCUUUUGCUGCUGACACUGGCUGUGAUUGAACGCAUAAUCCGCGUCACAAUCUGUUUUAUUCCGGGGUCUGCGGCCUGUAAUUUGAAUUCAUUUGAGGUCUAUGUAGUUAAUUGCCCAUUUAUAAUUUUCAUUGUCAUAAUACAGCUUUAUUCCUGGUAAAAUUAGUUUAUCAUAAACAACGUCAGUUCAAUAUCACUUAUCACUGACUUAUAAACAUUAUCAUUGACUUAUAUAAACAUAAUCAU